UGUUUGUUGGUGAGUUGACCUGGACCAAGGUCACAUCACAUCAAUCAUCUGUUAGUUGGUCGAAAACACCCGUGCGUAACUCAUUCAUCCACGCAGGGGACAGGCAUGGCACAUAUUCAUCCUCCCUCACCCCCCUCUCACAGAGCCUUGCUUGCAGUGCAGCCGACAUGGUCGGACUCAAACAUACAAGUCGCUCGGGACGAAUAGGCUGUGACUGACACGACACCUCUCUCGGCUCACUGACUGACGGACUGACUGACUGACUGACUGCGUUGGACAGACCACCCGGCCGACCACUGCAGGCAGGCAGACACACACGGGAGCGGUGCAGCCAUGCACUGCACCGACCGACCCCCACUCAUUCAUUCAUUCAGUCUUGAGCAGCCUCAUAGCGACGAGCAGCCCCACACCCACCACCACAGCCACACCCACCCCCGCCAAGGCAGCCUUGUGCUCACCAGCCCACGACGACAACACCACACGCAGGCCCCUGUCUUUGCCCUCCUCCUUGUUAUCGGGCCCCUUGUCGCCGCUACUGCUGUCCGCUGCUGCUGCCUCGGUCUGUCUGGCCGCCUGCCUCUCCUCUGUCUUCCUGCUGCUGACGGUGGACGAGGGGUUGUCGGCACUGUUGGCGGUGGGGAGGCUGUCAGGGGAGAUGAGGCGCUUCUCGACGAGCAGCUCCCGCACUCGCUUGACGAUGUCGGCCAUCUUGGAGGGCAUGUCGCGGUUGUCCACCUGCUUGGCCACCACCUGGGCCUUCUCGCACACCGACUUGGAGAACCUGCACAUACACAGGCAGACGGACAGACAGACAGGCGCGUGGACGUGUGUGUUGCUGUGUAUGUGUGUCUGUUUUGGUGCGUCUGACCUUCGUUCAUGUUUUGAGAUUUUGAGCUGGAGCUGCACCUGCUUCUGAACCUUUGCACCGGACUCCUCCUACACACACACAUGCACAGCACACAGCCACCAACACACGCUCAGCUCAUUGAAUGAUACCGGCCGGCCGGCACUCGGCCAACCGACAUCACACACUCACUGACUGACGCACCGGUGAGUCGCCCGGCAUCGGGGGGUCGAGCGGCUCCACGCUCUCGAGCACCUCGAUGAACCCCUCAAAGUACUUCUCCAGCUGUUGCUCCUCGCUGAGACUGAGAACGUCCUGGUCAGGCCCCUCGUGCACGAAGCCCUCGGAGCGGCGCAUGGACACAAACCCGAUGCCCUCGAAGGUCGACGGCACGGGUGAGAAGGGAUCCAUCGACGUGUUCACCUGAUGGAUGGAUGGAUGCCAUCAUACACAUCCAUCCCAUCCGUCCAAGAUACAUACACCGUAGGAAAGCGACCGAGUGAGAUUGGGAGGGACGGACUUACGUGCAGUUGGUCGUUAGCGCGAUCAGUGUCUGGGGAGUCAUCCUCAGGGACGAUGCGGAUGACCCCUCGCCAGGGCGGCACCGGAAAGGGCAUGCCCGGCAUGCUGCACACACACAGCACAACGAAAGGACGGACGGGCAUGCAGCCAGACAGACUGUCGCCUCCUUCGCCUGCAUGGCAUGGUGUGUCGGUGUGUGUGUGUUGACUGACUUGACGGCUGCCAUUUGUAGUGUGUGUGGUGUCUGGUCGACGUCGACGUCGUACUUGACGUCCAUGGGCAUAUCGCUGUGCUCCACACUGACAUGCAUCUUGGUGUCAUCGACGAAAUCAAAGACCUGCUCAUACCCACCCUGCAUCACAUCACACGCAGACCACACACAAACAGACCUAUAAUGAAUAACACACUCUGUUUGUGUGUGGGGCAUGGCGUGGCGUGUGCCCCCGCCCCCACCCACCGACCCACCGACCCACCGACGGACCAUUUGCUGCGACACGGUGCCCCUCCACUUGCCCCGCAGCCGCUGCAAGAACAUCUGCUUCAACGCCUCCUUGCGUGCCCCCUGCAGAAAUGCAUUGCCAGGGUCCACCUGAAGACCCCUGUCGACGGCCUGCAAUGCCUCCCUGGGCCGCCUCAGCUGCAGGAGGGCGCCGGCCUUCCUGCCCCAGCCCUUGCCAAAGUCCUCCUUGAGCCGCACGCACUCCUCGGCGUCGCCCAGCGCAUCUUCAAGGGCAUUCACACGGAUGCGGGCGGCUGAUCGGUUGGAGUACAAGACGUGAUUCGCAGGGUCCAACGAUAUCGCCUCACUCUGUGGAGUGCACUCAGUCAGUCAAACACACAGGCAGAAGAGCCACCAAACAUGAACAAGCACAUCCAUCACACACGUUGGUCUCUCUGCCACACGUGGCUUCUCUCGGCCUCCUUACAUAUCUGUCGAUGGCCUCCUGGAACUUGUUCUGUGUGAGCAGGUCGUUGCCUUCCUUCUUGAGCCGCUCGGCGCGUUCCUUCGGCUCCUCAUCAUCGCAUGGCCUGUCGGGGUCAGGCACUGAAUCAUGGCUCUCUUGACUCUCCUCUGCAGUCGCCAUGUAUAGGAGCCUUCUGAGAUCC